CGGCGCGAGCCGAUUUCUGCAGCGUGUGGCGCCCCCCGGCGGCAGCGGGGACUCUAUGAGAGCCGGACUUGAGCGCCUGUCAUGGAGCCGCAGAAAGAGGCCGGAACACCCAGGGACCCCGUGGCGCGGCCGCCUGCGACCUCACGGUGUGAGACGCCUAACGAGGAGGAGCGCCGGGAGGGCGGCACAGCGCCGCCGGCGGCUGUUCUGGACGAAGAGUCGGAUGGCGCCAGUGCAGACGGGCUAUGGGAGCUACCAGUGGAGCCGGCAGAGCGGAGGCCCGAGUGCAGCCGCUGCAGCCGGCCUCAGAAAGUGUGUUUGUGUCCAUUUCUACCACUGCAUCCUCUGCACAUCUCCACCCACUUGUAUAUAAUUCAGCAUCCAGCGGAGGAAAGCAAAGUGUUGCGGACAGUCCCUCUUCUAGCAGCGUGCCUACCCCAGGACAAAUGUAAAGUCAAGAUUGGCCGUCGCUUCAGUGAAGAAAGAGAUCCUGAACUUUCAGCUGUUUGUCGGAGGUCUGGUACAUUAAUAUUAUAUCCAGGGGAUGAAGCUGCUAAUUUGGAAGAAUUUAUAUUAGAUUCUCCUGUUUAUCCUUCUACAAUCAUCAUCAUUGAUGGUACAUGGAGCCAGGCUAAGGACAUUUUCUAUAAGAAUUCCUUGUUCCGACUACCCAAACAGGUACAGUUAAAAACUAGCAUUUCUAGUCAGUAUGUAAUUCGGACACAACCAACUAAUAGGUGCCUUUCUACACUGGAGUGUGCAGCUGUUGCUCUUUCCAUCUUGGAGAAAAAUAAUGACAUACAAGAGACUUUGCUUCGCCCUCUUCAAGCUUUAUGCUCUUUCCAGCUUCAGCACGGUGCUCAAAUUCGCCUCAGCAAGGAAUACCUUCUGAAAAAUGGAUUAUAUCCUAAGCCGAUGCCAAAGAACAAACGCAAACUCAGGAAAAUGGAGCUGUUAAUGAACAGUGUUAAAAUUUAGUACAGUGUUCUUACGGUGCUAUUUGUGGUGUCUUCAGCUGACAAUACCAGGUUAACUUUUCAUACAAUUUAAGUCUGUGUUUUUUGACUGUCUAAAGCAGGGGUGUCAAAACUGCGGCCCGUGGGCCAACUGCGGUCCACAAUCCAUUGUUAAUUGGCCCGCAGCAAAUUCCAAAAAUAUAUUUAGUUUACUUAAAUAAACCAGG